UUGUCCUGUAUGUCGCCGAAGCAACGAUAGGGCUUUACGCGAGCGAGGUUUUGUGCACAGAAGCUGCUCUCUUCUCAUGGCGACGGCGAGCUUCCCGUCUGCCAUUCUCUGUAUCGGCCAAUUCCAUCCGAAGAUGUCCAAUCUAGGGAUUACAGCUCGCCCCUUCGUAUCUGCACGAAUAUCCACCAAAGCUCCUGCUUAUAUCCUCAAGCCUCUUCGUUUCUCCACCAGAACCCCAGCCUCGGACGGGCUCAAGAUCUGGUGCUCUCGAAGCCCCCACGCCGACAGAUUUACUAAUAAAAAUUCUUCCUUUUGGAGAAGGAUCGUCGAGGGAGCCGCCGUCGUCUUCUUCGGCUCGCUUCUUUUCUUCGGGAGAUUCACUGCCCGCCCUGUUUUAGCGCUGGACGACCCACAAAGGAGCAAUUUUUCUGCGAGUUUGGAGGAAAAGACUGGCGCCCCUGAAGUAGAAGAUGAGGUAGAGAUGUAUGCGAAGGUGUUGGAGAAGAACCCGGAGGACGUGGAGACCCUUAAAGUGGUUUUGUAUGGCAAGUUGAAGAAAGGGAAGACGAAAGAAGCUGUGCAUUUUGUGGAGCGUCUGAUUGAUUUGGAGCCAGACGAGGUGGAGUGGCAGCUGUUGCAGGCUCUGUGCUAUGAACUGAUGGGGAAUUUGGGGAAAGCAAAGAAGCUUUUUAAGGAUUUAUUAAUGGAGCGGCCGCUCUUGAUUAGAGCUUUGCAUGGCCUUGCCUUAGCCAUGUACAAGAGUGGUGAAAGCAAUGGUGCUUUUGAAAUGCUCAAUAAAGCUUUAAAGCUUGCACAGCGCGAGAACAGAGUCACAGAAGAGCAGAAUAUAAAGAUUUUGAUUGCACAAAUGCAUGUUGUGAAGGGUGACCUAGAAGCUGCCUCCCAGCAUUUUCAGAAUCUCAUCAAUGCGAAUCCUCGUGACUUUCGGCCAUACCUCUGUCAGGGCAUCGUCUAUAGUUUGUUAGACAAAAAAAAGGAAGCGGAGGAACACUUUGAAAUAUACAGAAGUCUCGUGCCAGAUGAACUGCCCCAGCGGAGUUUCAUCGAUGAUGUUAUACUGUCAGCGAAAACAGAAUCCCAACAAUUCAGGGAAGAACUCAAAUCUGAGUACUCACCUCAAAAAUGAGAAGACAUGCGAGUUUUGAUCAUGUUUAUUACAGAACCUCAGUACCAUGUAGGUUGGUAACUAAAUCUCUGUCUUCAGGAGUUCAGAAAAAGAAGAGAGAGGCAAGUGCUAGCUAACCCUUAAUGUUUGAUGUUUUGGUUGAUUAUAGUGGUUGAUGAAGAAUGCCAUGGCCAUGUUCUGUUUGCAACUUGUCAUGGGAAUCAGAUGGUUGGUAAUCCUCGGUUGGCAAAACUAUGAUUCUUUUAGACACUGUUCCAUUUGAGGGAAUGUUUGUUCAGUGAGAAAGAGUAAUAUAUGCAUUCAUCUAUUGCUGUUGAAGAACCUUUUCUCUUGAAUCUUUUAGCACAUUAUUUCUUCA